UCGCUAGCCGUCGCCUGCGCACCGCGUGCGCGGCACCAGUUUUCCAUUGGAAAAAAUCUGUCGCGCGUCGCGGCGACCAGCGGAAAAAACUGUGCUUUUUUUUGUUUCACUCACACACCCCCUUUUCUCUCUCGCGUUCCCACAGUGAUGGAUAAAUUGUGCUGAAAAGUGUAGUGUUUCCCGGCUCACCCUCGCUCUGAAAACUAUCGGAUCCACUAUGGAGUCGUCACUCGUGUCGGCCCCAUGGCUAUCGGCAAUCAUUUUCCUCUGCUUCUUCCUUUCGACUCACACGCUCAAUAUUAAGAUUCACGAGCACAUGACGGCAGACGAACUACGAAACGUGUUUCAUGUGGAGCACCAAACCUCAGUCCCUGAUUACCACUUAGUCAGCCUCACCCACCACUUAGCAAGGCGGCACAUCCCUUCUGGCCACUCCUCCAACACCCAUUCCCUCAACCCUGGAAAGAUUCCCCACGAGAAGACAGCCUCAAAACCAUGGAAGACCGAGACCAGUCCACCCUCGCUUUUAAACGACGAAAUGUUCGUCAAAGCUAAGGAAUACAUCAAAGACGUGGAUAUAAUUGGUGAUCUCAACAACACAGUCAGUUUAGAAUUCGGUGUGUCAAAUUCUAGUGAAGUUAGUGAUGUUAGUGAUAAGGAACACGUGGUGGAAGACCAGGAUGAUGACGUGCAUAAGAUUGAAAUGGAAGCGUUUGGGAAGAAAUUAAAUUUGGUGCUCAAGAAGCAGGAAGGUCUGUUCAAGAAGGAAGGCCUGAAGAUGUGGAAGGUGCUCACGAACGAGACGCAGCCUCAUGGCGUCGAUUAUGAGGAGAUGACUUCGGAUGGUGAAGAGGACCUUGGCGAGCUUUACCAAGAUGAAGAAAACGGCGCUGCACUACUCAUCAGAAGGCACCCCAAGCACGGACGACUCAUGGUGGAAGGCUCGAUCGGCCACUCGCUGGUGAUCCGGCCGCUGCCGGACUCGGUGGCGGCGCCGGCGCAGGACGACGAGAUGUUCAUGGACCCGGCGAGCAUGGCCGACAUGGUGUCCAUCGACACAGGACGGCCUAUCAUGUCGAGGAACAAGGAGGACCAGGAGAGGCUCAGGCAGGCUCUGAACGGCGCCCACCACGUCAUCAUCAAGAGGGAUCCUUCCCAAGAGGAGCAUGACCACCUCAGUGACUAUGCAUUCAUGGAGCCAGACCACCUGGGCAAGCGGUUCAGGAGGAAACGAUCCACCGAAAGCCACUCGCGGCGGAAACGGGACGCCCCGUAUGUGAUCUACCCGGAGAUCCUGGUCAUUGUCGAUUAUGAUGGGUACAGAUUACACGGAGGCGACAACGUGCAAAUCAAGCGCUACUUCGUGUCGUUCUGGAACGGCGUCGACCUCCGGUACAAACUGUUGAAAGGGCCCAGGAUAAGGAUAUCCAUCGCUGGGAUUAUUAUAUCCAGGGGAAGAGACGCAACGCCCUACCUCGAGAAGAACCGCGUCGGCCGCGAUGCCAUAGACUCGGCUGCUGCGCUCACUGACAUGGGCAAGUAUCUAUUCCGGGAGCGACGGCUGCCCGUGUACGACAUUGCUGUUGCAAUCACCAAACUAGACAUGUGCAGGAGACAAUACGCGAACGAUGCGUGCAAUAGAGGGACGGCAGGGUUCGCCUACGUGGGUGGGGCCUGUGUAGUGAACAAGCGACUGGAGAAGGUCAACUCUGUGGCCAUCAUUGAAGACACCGGUGGCUUCUCUGGCAUCAUUGUGGCGGCGCACGAAGUCGGUCACUUACUAGGCGCAGUACAUGACGGCAGCCCCCCACCUUCCUACCUCGGCGGUCCUGGAGCGGAGAAGUGCCGCUGGGAGGACGGCUUCAUCAUGUCAGACCUCAGGCACACGGAGAAAGGAUUCCGUUGGUCGCCCUGCAGUGUGCAGAGCUUCCAUCAUUUCUUGAACGGCGACACAGCAACGUGUUUAUACAACUCACCGCAUGAAGACGACUCACUGCCACGCGUGCUACCUGGAAGACUGCUCACCCUGGACGCCCAGUGCCGAAAGGAUAGAGGUACCAGCGCGUGUUUCAAAGACGAGCGCGUGUGCGCUCAGCUGUUCUGCUUCGACUCGGCCUCCGGGUACUGCGUGGCCUACCGCCCCGCCGCCGAAGGCUCGCCCUGCGGGGACGGACAGUACUGCAUAAACGGGCGAUGUAUAACAGAACACGAGAACAUAAUCCCGGACUACUCGCAGCACACGCCGAGCUACGUUCGACCGGAGACAAGCCCGUUCUACGGGAACGUUACUAGCUACGAAGCCACCACACAGCCUUACGUGCCUAGCACUACACCACCCAUAUACCAAAGGCAUUACUACGACACGCAAACAACAACAACUACAACAACAACAACGACAGAAAGAUUCUUCACAACCAGAAAAUCGUUCUUCACUGAGAGGACCACCGUCUCGCCAAGCACAUACCCACCAUCAAUAAAUAAAUACUCAGUUUCAACGACAAGGAGUCCGUACGAUUUCAAAGACUUUUACACGCGGACGACUAAGUCGACGCCGAAAUCGGAACAAAAACAUGGCUUUUACAGCAAAGACGAGUUCGACAGAUUCUUUAAAUCGACCACAAAAAGUCCGCACUCUGACAAAGAAAUCAAAUCCAUAUUCAAAUUCGGCACAUACUACUCGCAACCGAAAUCGAGUGACAACUCGAUAAGGCCAGAUGCUAAUUCGCAGCAAGUACAAAUCGAACCGGCGAGACUGGUGUUCUCGUAUCAGAGGAACUUGACGACGGGCGAGCUUCAGAAGUAGACGAAUUUAGCACUUAUUGCAGCCGCCACUAGAUUAAUGAGCGGUAAAGCAUAAAGACUGUCCCGCGGCCGCCAUACGGCGCCGCUACCGAGCGAGACGCGCGGCCCACAACGAAUAGCUUUACUAUCCACGCGGUAACGUCGAGUACCACGCUGUAACAUCGAAUAACCGCGCCGUAACACAAGUUUCUGCGCUGUAACAUCGAGUACCCGCGCGGUAACGUUACUUCUGCGCUGGAAUGUCCUGUAUCCGCGCGGUAACAUCGAGUACCCGCGUGGUAACAUCGACCAUCGACACGGUAACAUCGAGUACUGCGCUGUAACAUUGUGUAUCCGCGCGGUAACAUCGAGCUACCAUCCAGACGGUAACUUGUCAGUUGCCGCGGUAACCGGGUGUUACUAUCCAGUCGGUAGCCGGGUGUGAUCGUUACUGUAAUCGCAACGAAUUUUUGUGAUAACGAAUAUCAAAUAAGAGCGAGCAGAUUGCCCUUUGCUCGCUCUUAUUUCAGUAACUUGCGGUCGUCGCGCAGUGAAUGUGGUGUCUGACGAACAUUGGUGUCAGCGCCCGAGAGUGAUAUCAUGUGAUUGUGUUACUAUUAAUGAACCAUAAGCAGUAGGAUUAGUGUACUGAAGAGUGAUCCGAAUAUCCAGUUUGGAAAUAGAAAUACUCCUUAGCCUACGAUUUGUCGUUAGAACGAUUGUAAAGAUAGCGUUCAAUAAAAGAAACUGCCACGAAGUGCCUUUUAUACAGUAAUUGUUAAGAAUAAAGUAGGUUUAUUUUUUGUUUGUUUAAAAAUCGACUAGAGCGACUGGUUCGCGACCCUCAGAACAAUAUUUAGUUGUAUUUUUUUUUCUCUAAUUUUAUAAGUAAUUUUACACUUUUUGUGAAACUUUGGAUUUAUUUUAUCAAGAAAUUUGAUAGCCCUUGUUGUAAUUUAAGCCUGUUUUUAAUUUCUAAAACUAUUUAUGUGACAUAGAUCUUUAAUUAUAAAGUUACCAAUAGAAUAAAAAUAAAAUGCAAUUAUUUUUCCUGUGUAGACUUCUCGGUGUUGAGAAUAACAGUGACUUAACUAUACAUCACUUGCCGUUAACUAUUUAUUAUGUUCAAACUAUUUAUGUAUAAAUCAAAACUUAUUAUCAUCACGAAUUGUCUAAAUUUUAAGAAAAAAAUAUAAAAUAAGAAAAAUUG